GCACACACGACGCCUGGAGUUUGCUGUUCGGACCCCCGAGGAUGGAAGAUGCGAAAGACAAGCCACAGCGAAAGAAGAACUAUAGAAAGAGAAGUGCUUCAAUCGAAGAGACAGAGAAUAAAGAAGGAGAACAGUCUAAAAGAGAAGAAUCCGAUGAUGAACGAGAUAGAAGAAUGGCAUUGGAAGAGAUCAAACUGCUCCAGAAGCAGAGGGAAAGGAAAUCUGGGAUUGCUGCGAACCCUACUUUGCCAACGCAGAGUGGAACUGGCUCCGGUUUAGCUGCGAAAGCCGCUGAAAAGAACGACGGAGACGGUGGCGAUAAGGACGAGCUUGUUCUUCAGGAUACCUUUGCUCAAGAGACGGCUGUCAUGGUCGAAGACCCCAAUAUGGUCAAUUAUAUCGAACAAGAAUUGGCAAAGAAGAGGGGCAGGAAGAUUGACAAAACAGAUCAAGUUGAGAGCGAAUUGAAACGUGCUGAAGACGAACUAUAUAAAAUUCCUGAGCAUCUAAAAGUGAAAAGAAGAAACUCAGAAGAAAGCUCUACUCAGUGGACUACUGGUAUUGCUGAGGUUCAGCUUCCAAUUGAAUACAAGUUAAAAAACAUUGAAGAAACAGAGGCUGCCAAAAAGCUUAUACAGGAAAAGAGACUUAUGGGUCGGACAAAGUCAGAGUUCAGCAUUCCUUCAAGUUAUAGUGCUGAUUAUUUCCAGCGGGGCAGGGAUUAUGCUGAAAAACUUAGAAGAGAACAUCCGGAGCUUUACAAAGAUAGAAGUUCACAGGAUGAUGGUGCUGGAUCCAAGCAAAACAAUGCAAGCACUGAUGCAGCAGGGCAGAGGCAAGCUGCAACUGAUGAAUUCAUGCUAGAGCGAUUCCGGAAGCGGGAACGCCACCGGGUAAUGCGGAGAUAACAUGCCUGUUGUAAAGUGUGGCAUGUUGGACGGAGCAUAAUCCCAAUAAAUUUAGCAGUCCACUCCAACCAGCGUUGAAUAACAUGACUUCCAUACUAUGCAUCACUUCCUGGCUUUUUGGUUAUUCAACACUAUUUAAGAUUGUAUUGCUGCCAAUGAUAUAAACUCUGAAGCUCUCCAUUUGGUUUUUUAUCCACGGACUGCAUAAUGCAGCUGAUUUCUAACUGGCAUAUGCUGAGAGGCUAUAAUAUGUCCCGCCAGUUGAUCGUUGAUAACAUACUGUAAGAUAUGUACUAUGUAAGAUUUUGACAACAAAAUGGCAGGUUAGUGACGGUGUUAAAUGGUCACUUUGUUUUGGUCCCAAAAAGAAGUUGGUCACUUUGUUAGGUUAUCCUUUUCUUUUAUUUUGGCAAGUAUUAGGCAAUAUCAGCGAAUUGCACUUGAGUUUGAGAUGGUUGAAUUUGCAACAUGAAAGGAGCAUAUUCCAGGCCUCCAUCAUUUGUAGUUGAA